CAGCUGAUACACAUUUAUCCCGAUAGUGAAUUUUGGAACGUGUUUAAGGUUUGUUUUUAAUUAGAUCAAAGGACGAAAAUUUUAAAGGCUCAUUAAACAUAAAUUAACAUAAAUGCCCACCCGACCAUAUAAACAAAAUGUUCAGGCUGAAAGCCUGAAGCACAUAGCACAGAACAAUAAGACUGCAACAAGUAAUUUAUCACAAGAACGAGAACGCUCAACCAAAACUGCUGCCGUCGAUGCCCUAGAUAGACUGCUACUGUAUAGUUCCGAUGAACUGAAGCUACGAGAAAGGCAUUGUCUUUUUCCUGCUUUCAAUGUGGGCCAAACGCCAUUAAAUGACCUUAGUGAAUUAAGCCUGCAUCUGAAAUGCAAAGUUUCAAUGCCAAGUGCAGUAUAUAUAGCUGACAAGCACUGUGAGCGUGUGGAUAUAUGCCAUCGACGCACAAUGGCACGGGAGAUUUACAGAAAACGUUUGCAUAUUUCUCGGACACGCUACCAGACGGGUCAGAAAAAUAAAAAAUUAAAAACCAAUGAAAAAGAAGGAAGCUUUCAUACAUCCUUUUUCGACUUGGCCCGACGCUUAGAUUGUAAUCCCGAUCCGUAUUUUCAUGGAAGCUACGAUUACUACUAUUCUGGAGGAAAUCUUUGUAUAUUGGACGACGGUGAACAUGUGUUACAUGUAGAUAAUAACAAAUUAAAUAAUUUGAAUGUUGGAAUUUUGCCAAAAUUUAAGAGCUUUGCUGGCAGUUUUUUAGAUCCUAUAUGCUCACAACAGGUAGACACAGAAGAAGAAAUUUUUGAGGUGCGCGCCAUACAGAACCUACGAAAAGAUUGUCCAAACUCUUUUGCUGUGCGGCAACGAAACAUGAUAACGCUAUAUAAAUUUCUUCCCACAGGAGCAGCCAAAGCACUAACACGUUUUAAAACUAGUUCCACGCCUUUCAUUAGCUUUGCACAGUCGCCUAUUGAUUACAGUACCUUCAUAAUUACCUCAAUGAAGCAAAGUAUUCGGGUGUAUGACAUUAAUGCGUCUACACCUAUACUUUCGGCCACCCAUAAUGUAUGUAAAAAAGAAGAUAUCAUGAGGGCGAGUUGGAACAUGAUAAGACCUUGGCAGGGUCAGACAUUUUUGUAUGCCAACGAAAAGAAAUUAUUCAUGUUAGAUACACGAACCUGUCCAGAGCAAUGGUUGAAAAGUAGCUGUGGCUACGCCACUCAGGAUUAUAAAUGUGAUUUUAUAUCAUCAAUUGCCAAAAGUGAAUUUAGAGACUUGGCAUAUGUAGCGACAAACCAUAAGUUGCACUGCUUAGAUUUACGUUACUUAGGAGGCGAUAUUGAAUCGGGAGAUGGUGCAUUAUGUCGCUGGACUCAUCAGUUACAAUAUGCCCCUGCUUUUAUUGAUAAUUUCCGCUUUGGUGGCGUAGAACUUAUUGCUCUUAGUAGUGCGUUAGCAGAUGAUAUUUGCAUUUGUGAACUUACCCGCAAUCAUUCAGCGCAAAGCGUUGAUAAAGAAGAUUCUAUCGUAGAUGAAUCGGUGGGAAAGAGGCAAUCGAAGAAGAGUGUGUAUAAAUCAUAUUGUCUGCCAUACCAACCAUCAACACUGGAGGAAGCUUACCAACAAGCUCGGAUCGCAGGCAAAUGUUUGCAGCCCGAUGCUGACUUGCCAUCGCGUAUAGCCCGUUGUACAACUGGCCUGACCUUCUUCGACACUGAAACGUUCUCGGAAUGUAUUGGUGAGGAAGAUUGUGACACUUUUGCUUUGUUACUCACAUCAAAUUCGAUUGGUGAUGUGUAUGCACGUCGGUUGAUCGCGAAUGAUACGCUAGAGCCAGAUACUCGUUCGAAGGCUGAAAAUGAGGGUGAACAUACAAUGCAUGCGUAUGCGAAUGGUGUUUGCCAACUCACGCAGCCAAAAUUAAAUUGUACAGAAGUUGUCAAUUUAAAAGGUAUGCGCAAAGUUUUCCGCUGCAAUGCGCUUAGCGCCCCACUCAAUUCUGAAGAAGAUAAAAGAGAUGAAAAAGAGGAAAUACCACCUAAACGGCGUGGCUUUGGACGUUGGCAAAAAUCAAUACAAACGUUACAUUCCUAUAAAGACGCUUUAGUACAAGAUUUACUUUCAAUAUGGGAUAUUGAAUUCGAGGAUGAUAAAAAUGAUAUGUCAUACUCUCGUAUGAAGAAAGGGCUGGGUGCAAAAGUUGAUCCUGAAAACAUUGUGAGCUCAUGGUUGGAUACAAAUAUCAAAGCAGAGGAAAAGCCCCAGCAAACGCAACCUGAGCAACUCCCUAAAUCUGCUACUUCAGCUAUCAAUCAGCAAUUCGGUUCGUUGAAUUCCACUGUUGUAUCAAUGGUUCAUGCUCCAUGUGCCGAUGUUACUGAGUCUAUUAAAAUGGAAACUUCUUUUCAUUUGGAAGCCGAUUUUGUUGACCGAAACAACUCAUUUUUGGACGAAUUUAUGCCGGCAGAACAUUCAACGCAACUAACUAAUAGUGUAUUUAAUAUGCCUGGUUCACCGACUGAACAGGAGGAAUUUAUAUCACUGAAACCUAAACCAAAACCGGUGAAAAAGAAGUCCAAAUAUGUGAAAGGCUUUUAAUGAAUGGCUUUUUGGUGAAAAUCCUCGCAUUAAAUACACAUUUAUUUGUAUAGAAUACGUACAUACGCACAUAAACAAUUUUACCAGUUUUGACUACUUUUCUUUUGAUUUUUUUAAGGUUCAUUAUUUUUAUAUAUGUAAAAGUAUAGCUCUUUAUCUAAGAAAUACCAUAUAAAUCUAAAUUUCAGACUUUGUACAAAAAUUAUAAAAAUUCAACAAACCUUCCAUCCCAAUUCCAUGCAUCUUAAUUUUAAUUUCUAGAAUAAUUUUUUGUAUGGAAAAGAGUGCAUAACACCGUCAGCACAAAAAUUAUCACAAAUCAACGCGAUUUUUUAGAAACUAAAAACUUACAAUUUAUACUAGAAUUAAAUGAGCUAUAAAACUGCAUA